AUGGAGAACGUUAGAAACUGCAUAAACAUAGACCAAUACUACUGCUUAUCAAAAGAAUGCCGAAACCAAACCUCAGCUGUGUAUGUCACAGGCGUCACAUACAGAAACAUAAAGGGAACUUACGAUGUUCGCACCACGCCAAUCCACUUUGCCUGCAGUGACACUGUGGCCUGCACAGAUAUAGUAAUGGCUGAUGUUGAGCUUCUACCAUACGAGGGACAACUACUGGAUGAUCCCUUUUGCUGGAACGCUUAUGGAACUCAAGAAACUUUGACUAUUCCUCCCAUUAAUUGCUUGCAUGAUGGGCAACCUCAGAAGGCGGUCGAAGCCUCUGCGUACGACUGCAAUAGUUAA